CUGAAAUCUAAAAAUCUGCCGCCAUGAUGGCCUCUUGCUAGGUCGGUAAUGGCUUCGCCAUGUGUCGGGGAUACUUCGCAAAGUGCGUCUUCGGUGUGGCAGUGCUGCUGACGCUCUUGUGGUCCAGUGUGCUGCUGUCAUGCCAAGUAGCUAGCCCAAUUGCUGCGCCUGCGCCGGGCGCAAAUGAGGCACCUCGCCCAACGAACCAGACGCAGCAUUCGGAGAUGGCAACGGCACCGGAUGUUGGCACGCAGGCACCGACUACGAUGACUAUGACUGCGCAUAUCGCACCCUGUUUGGCCGGCGGUUCAGAAGGCGGCGACUGCAGUCACUCUGCACAAUGCGCAUCAUCGCACUUCUGCCAUCCCGAGAAAAAGUCUUGUGCGCCGUUUUGCCGAAGCAAGAGCUACGAAAAAAGUGAGAUGGUCAUGGACAACUGCAGCCACUGUAUGGAGCAAUGCGGCAAAGUCUCGAGUUGUCAAGGCUUCAUCGAAGAGCGAGCGCAUUUGCGCGCAGGAAGAUGUGCCAAAUCCAUUCUGGUGGGGCAUUGUCCCAUGUGCAAGGAUCACUGCGAAGCCUUGCUGAAUGAGAUGCCCAUCCGAUUUCCCAAAGACCAGCCGAGCGACCAGGACUUUUGGAUCACGAGUUAUCCAAAGACCGGGUCCACUUGGGUGCGCCAUUUGAUCACCAACAUGUACUUGGCCUUGCACGGUGAAACGCGACCGGCCAACUUCAAGACCGUGGACGAUCUGAUUCCCUUCAUCGAAGAUGGCAAGGGAUGGACCUCUGAGAGCAUGUUCCGUGAACGCACAGGGCUGCGGAUGUGGAAAAGCCAUUCGCCUUUUCAUUGCGAUACCUUUCCCUGCAAGGGCGAAACAGUACACCGACAAGGACCUUCACAGUGCAUGUGCCCCAACUGCGCGGCGAAGUUCCGACGUGUCGUCUACAUCUAUCGUGAUGGGUACAACACCCUGGCAUCCUACUUCCGCUUUCGACUCGGUUUAGGACAUGUCAAAGACAGCCAGAGUUUUGCAAAGUUCAUGAAUGACCGCAGGAUGUAUCCAGGUGUGUCCUGGGCAGAUCACAUCCGAUCCUGGCAGCAUGCUGAAAUCGUGCAGCAGGACUUGAAGAUCCACUGGUUGCGCUACGAAGCGAUGGAGGAGUCCCCCGAGACAGAGCUAAAACGCCUGGCUUUUUUUUUGGGCCUCAAUGCCACCGAGGAGAGCAUUAGUUUCGCGAUCAACGCCUCCUCAGCCAAGACCAUGCAAGACAUGGAGCAGAGGGAAGGAGGACUAAACUUCUUCAAACUUCGCUACAACCGACCACAUCUGAAGUUUGUCACUGCAGGCUCCGGCGAGCUCGCCACUGCCACCUUGUGGUCUGGCAUCCCUGAGGAAGCUUUAGCUAUUUGGCAGCUGCACAAUGGGCCAAUGAUGCGAUGCUUGGGAUAUCCCGAGCUGCCGCCGAAGCGGUAGCAUCCACUUUCGGAUGCCUAGGGCCGCAAGAUUGACUAGGUAUGAAGAUCAGGAUUUCUCUUGACCCCUGCGCUCCUCUCCAGAAGAAA